AUGGGCGCCUCAAAGGAGCAUGGACUGGCGCCGGGCCGCCAAUCGACGAGUGCAACGACUGAUGACGCAGUAUCAACCGCACGAGAAGCCGUUCGAAAUGCUGAGCAGACGUACGAAAGAAAGCAUAUAGAAACGAAAAAUGCCAAAAUCAAACUUGCACAGUGUCUACAGGCUCAUGGCGACUUCGAAGAGGCCUUGUCUCUAUCACGGACUGUCUUGAGCGUGGCCCAGGACACAUUCGGCCCUCGCCAUCCUGAGACCUUCUCCGCAAUCCAUCAUCUCACUGUUCUGCUGGCGGAGCAGAGGCAUACUGCCGAGUUUGAGACGACUGCGAGGACGCUCAUAAAAGAUGGCGCCGACACUCUCGGCGACGAUCAUCCAAUUGUCAUCAAGGCAACGGCAGCCCUAGGCCGUAUGUUACGGCGCCAGAAUCGUUUGGAAGAGGCGGAGCAGUUCAUGAGGGACGCAUUCGAAAAGUCCGAAAGAUCUUACGGCUCCAACGACGAGCGAACUCUUGAGAGCAUUGAUGAUCUUGCAAGGACACUCCUGCUUCGUGGAAAGAUGCAGGACUCUGAGCCGGCAGUGGAAGAAGCCGAGUUGUUGAUGGAGGAAGCGCUGGACGCGAGCGAGAGGCUGCUUGGCGUUGACAAUGCCGAGACAAACUGGAGACGAGCCGAGCUGGCCUCCACGCGGCUUUUCAUGGGCAAAACUGACGAGGCGGAGGAGUUGAUGGAGGGAGCGUUCCAGAGAUAUCGGAAAUCGCUGGGCGAAUACCAUCCAGACACGAUAUGGGCAGAAGCAUUCCUUGCGACCACAGAUCCCGAGAUCCGGGACGUUGUGAAGAAGAGCGUAAAGGCCCUUCACGAUGGGCUGCCAAGAGUGAACACUACAAUAACUUCGCUCAUAGACAAUUUUGCAGACCAGGGUCACUUCAAGGAGGCGGAAAUUCUCGCGCGGGCCAUGCUCGAAACCAGUCUUCGUGCUCAUGGAGACGAUCAUUCCGACACCAUCGACCGACGAGAGAAACUGGCAGCCUUGCACCAGCGCAUGGGCGACCUUGACGGAGCCAGCCGGCAAUGCAGAAUGGCUUCGCAGAGUCGCCAGCGAAUUUUUGGCCAUACGCACACGGGAAUGAUCCAGGCGGUGGACUUGUUUGCCAACGUGCUCAAGGAUCAAGGAAAGUGUGAGGCCGCAGAGGCCGUCUGCUGGGAUUUCUUUGCCGUCUAUCCGACGCCUGACCAGCCGAACCAUUUUGCCCUCGCCCUAAUGACGACACAUGCCACCAUCUUGAAACAAUUGCAAAAAUAUGAACUGGCGGAAAAGAUCAUGUCCGAAGUUCUACGGCAUAGGAUAACGAUGAACGGGAACGAUCACAAUCUUACCGUCUGGGCGGUGGCCUGGCUGGGCAGUCUGUAUCUCGAACAAGGCGCAUUCUCGCAAGCAGAGCCUCUAAUCCGGGAAACCUAUGAUAGUAAGAAGCGAGUGCUCGGUGAUGAGCAUGCUGGUACUCUGAUCGAGGGCAGGAGGCUCGUUGAAACCAUGAGUCGUCGGACCGUAACCAACGAGGACGUCGCGUUUGUCAGCGAUCUUUAUGAAAAAGUGGUUCGGAUAUUUGGUCAACAGCAUGAGGAGUCAAUUCUUCUCGGGCAGCAACUCGCUAUCCUGUUGAACAAGCAAGGGAAAUCUGAUGAAGCCGACGUGCUCAUUGCCACGGUUGUUGAGCGCCGUCGGUCUGUCUCUGGCGACCACAAUCUAGCCACUUUAUGGGUUAUCGCGUGUCAAUUAGGCAUGCUUCAGGAACAUCUGAAAUACGACGAGGCAGAGCCCAUAGCUGAAGGGCUCUUGGCAGCGACACGGAAGAUUGCUGGUGAAGACCACCUCACCUCCAUUCGGGCCCAGAACACGCUCGCCAUUGUGAAAUUGCACCAGAAGGCUCUAGAUGAUGCGGAAACUCUCGCAAGAGACUCGCUGGAACGUACUUUACGGGUAUAUGGUAAGGGAACUCGGGAAACCACCGAGUCGGCGUCUACCCUUGCCACGGCGCUCGGUGCCCGAGGCAAGUUUGACGAAACGGAGAGGUUGCUGAGCGCUAGCUACCGUAUGGGCAAACGUCGCAGAGGGGGGGAGGAUGAAGAUACAGUCGAACUGAUGGAAAAUCUUGUACAUGUGUUGAAGAAGGCUGGAAAGCGCGAGGAGGCAAUGAAAUGGGCGAGGAAGCUAUACGAAGCCAGCCAGCAAACGUUGGGCCAUGACGACCGUGUGACUGUCAGAGCCCGGGAAGAGAUUGAUAGUCUGCGAGUUCAAAAGCAGCCGGGUGAUGAGGCAGGUGUCACGGUGCGCCGAGCUGGUGAUGACACAGUGACGGCGUUUGGGAAUGGCCAGUCUGACGCGGUGCAAGUGGUGAAGCUAUUGGACCCUCUAGCAAUAUUGGCCAGAACGGCCGCUGCAGUGGAAGUACCAUAUGAAGAGAAGGAAGAUUCGAAGGAAUAUGUCCUGAUCUGA